UCUGACAUUGAACAACUGAAGAGGCGUGUGUCAUAUAGAAGAUAUUGAAACUAACAGAAGGUUGUCGGGAUUGAGAUUAUUUCACAUCCGGUGCCCUUAAUAUACGUUUGACUUUAAAAAACAUUCCUGGAUAACAAGCAAGUGUAUUUGUAACAGCGUCAUUCGGGAUGUAACGUUCCUUCAUACGCUAUUGUCGAACAUGUCCUGAUACCGCGGUACUGACGUAACAGCAAACAGACUCGCAGACAUGGGGACAGCCUCCAGCACAGACAACAAAGGAUCGGAAAUAAGUCCGAUCAGCGUCCCUGACUCCCUCGACUCCUACCCCCCUCCCAAGCCACCGAUCAGCAGGAAAACAGACGUGUUCAGAGAGGCGGAUUAUGCCCACGUCGACAGUCACGCCAAAUCGGCGUCGUCCUCCGUGACGUCAGACUACGAGUCCCUCCUCAACUACCUGUUCGAGGACCUGAAGACGGACCUCCAGAUGGUGCGCGCCAUCUUCACCUGGCUGGGGACUCAGCGCAUGGAGCAGAUGAGGCUGGGGAACGUCAAGGACCCCAACACCCCUGUCGGCUACAUGAAACUCAUACAACAACAGCGUGGAAGCUAUGCGGCGUUCUUCUCUCUGCUGUGCAGAGCUGCCAAGAUCCCAUGUGUUGUGUUGAGAGGCAAGGCCAAGGCUGUUGGGUACGAGCCUGGUGAUGAGGACGUGUCAAAGUUCAACAGCAAGUGGAAUGCUGUACAUGUGGGAGGUCAAUGGCGGCUGGUGCACCCCCUCUGGGCCUUCACUGGGGUAGAGGGACACAGUAAUGGCAAGUGGACGAUGAUAGAGAGGAAAGGUGAAGGUCAACGUGAGAAAGAAAUAGAAUACAAGGGCAAGGACAUCCGAGCAAACGAGGAUUUUUUCUUCCUCACUGACCCCGAAAACUUUGUGAAUUUCUGCCGUGCAAACAGUCAACCAUGGCAGCUCCUCAAGGAACCAUGGAGCGAGGAGCAGUUUGUCAAAGCACCAUAUCUCACAACAGAAUACUUCAAUUCCGGACUUAAAUUGACAAGCCAACAAACAUGUUAUCUUGUUGCAAAGAACGGCAAAGAAGCCAUACGAUUCGAACAUGCGAAAGACAAAAAUCCAUCUCUCUCCUAUGAUUUGUUUUGCGAUGAAGAUGAAUCAGAUGAAACGUUGCCGGAAUCGGAGGAACUGGAACGAUAUGUUCUUGAGAACACCCAAGGCACAACGAAGUCUCUGUUCCUUAGAUUCCCAGUGAGGGGACUCUAUAAACUCCGUGUAUAUGGUGGCAAUGGAUCCAACCCACCCCAUAUCUGUGACUUUCGUAUCCGCUGUGAAGAAGAAGGGAAGAACCCUAACCCUUUCCCUCUAAAGAAGGACAUAGGCUAUGGCUAUAGCCAAGAAGCCAAGGACGCUGGUCUUGUCACCACCUCCGCCUACAGCGGCAUUGUAGUAAUGGAACACGGACAGAAGAUGACGUUUGAGUUUGAUGUUGACAAGCCUGUCGAGUUUGAGACGAAGAUGCAUCAUCGAGACAAGACACUUGAUGAACUCGACAAAUAUGUCGAGAAAAACGUCACCGACAAAAAAGCUGAGAUAACCGUGACAAUGCCGGAGGAAGGUCUAACUAGAGACUCGGAAUAUGCUCUGGAGAUUAACACUAGAGAGAAGGACAGCCACGACUCCUACAGGAACGUUUGUAACUACUUCCUGACGCCGGACAAGGCCCAGUGGAAGGAUGAUUCAGACGCCAAACCCAAUAACCGUGUCCAGCAGAGGCCAGCGCGUGCACAAGUCAGGGUCCAGCAGAAGCCUGCCCCGAGACAGCGGCCACGGACACCGGUCAGAUCUGAGAGUCCCCGGUUCCGCAUGCGAGGUGCCACCGAUCAAGAUUCCAUCGAGGAUCUGGAGAGAACCAUCAGGGACUUUGAAAAGUCAGAUUUGGAUGAGAAGGAUGAAGAUCUUACCCGAGCCAAGGAGAGGCUUGUGCAGCUCAGGAACAAAGCUAACAAGGAUGAGGCCAUAAGGAAGCGCAUGCGUGAUGCCACAAAGGAAGACUCUAUCGAGGACCUUGAACGGGCAAUCGAAGACUUUGAGGAUGGAGACCUGGAUGAAAAGAACCAGGAUCUGACCAAGGCUAAGGAAAGGCUGAAACAGCUGAAGAAGAAGAAGGAAGAAGAAGAUGCUAUCAGACAACGAAUGAGGGACGAUACAGAUGGAGAUUCUAUAGAGGACCUGGAGAAAUCUAUCCGUGCCUUUGAGGAGGCCGGUAUUGACGAGAGGGACAGAGACCUAACCCUUGCCAAGGAGAGAUUGAGACAACUGAAGAACGAUGCAUACCAGGAGCCAGAACCAAAGGACGAGAGAGCACGCGAGGCGAUGCGGGAUGCCACGGAGAAUGCAUCUGCAGAUGAACUGGAGAAGGCCAUCAAGGAAUUUGAGGACUCAGGCCUUGAUGAGAAGGACGAAGACCUAACUAAGGCCAAGGAGAAGCUUGUCAAGCUCAAGGCUAAUAAACUAGUGAAGUCCGAAGAAGACAAGUUGCGGAAGAAGCUGGAUGAGGCGCAGGCUGGCGACAACAUGGAUGCUCUGGACAAGGCUUUAGAGGACUGUAAGAGAGCUGGGCUGGAGGACGAGGGUGACAUCACCAAGGCUGAGAAGACCCUGAUGGACAUGCACAAGGAAAAGCUAGAGGAAGCUAGGAGACAGCGUGACGCAGAGAAGCUCCAGAAGGCUCUAGAAGAUGCAGAAAAGUCGGCCGUGGCGGACAAGCUGGACGACACUGAAGACUUCCAGGAGGCUAAGGAAACAAACGAGCAGUUGGCCAGGGUCAAGAAGUUCAAUAGACAGGUGAUGGACCUGAACCCCCGUCUGGUGUCCGAGAUUGCCAGCUACAAGAGACCUAAGCCAUGUAUCCAGGACGUGAUGAAGGCGACCUACAUAGUCCUGGGAGAGAAGCAAGAAACUCUCGAUUGGCAGAGAAUCGUGAAGCUGAUGAAGACAAUAGGUCAAAACAAUGUCAUCAGGAGGGUUGGUCAGUUUGACAUUGUCGGUGUCGAGGCGGGACAAGCCAAGACGGCGAACAAACUCAUCUCCAAGUACGACAUGGACGACGUAAAGAGAAACAGUCACGGAGCUGGAACAUUCUACUCUUGGACAAGAAAUGUGGUUAACGAAGUGAACAGAAAAGACGAAGAGUAAGGACCGAUGUUUCCACAUAGACAGCGGAAGCGGAAGUUACCUUUCUCCCUUAUACUAGUGUAUAUUUUUGUGCCUUAUUAUUGUCUUUGAAAAGGAUCCCUUAGAUCCCUGGUGCCCAUUUCCGCUGCAAUUAGUGCCUUUUGACGUCUUUGUAAUUACGUAUCAUUUAUUGUUCCAUUCAAAUUUCCUAGGACUGCAAGUUGGCCGAGCCUAGCACCUCUUUCAGUCAUAGAGCCACAGACACUGAUAUACACUCACAACAAACACUAACCAACAGUAAUACAGGGGUACAGAUGGAAACAGUUGUCUAAGCGCAUCAACUUAUUGUUGAACCGAUUCUCCAUUGGUCGCGGGUUCCAAUCCGAGAUUCGCCCCUCAUGUCGUCCAGGUUUGUUGGAUCCAUUAUCGUGGGCUUCACUACAGUGGCAACGUAUAAAACUUACCCGUCACGUUCCCCUCACGUGAAGCUGACACGUCAUGGCCUAUCGUACGUGAAAUAGUGUCCGAAGCCGCGUCAUCUCCAAUCACACGAUGAUACGUACAUGAGUUCAUAUGCUUUCAUUGCGUAUUCCUUACAAAACUCCGUGUAAGGCACUAAUAAAUGGUGUCGUGUAUAUAUAUAUUAAUGUAUAUUAAUAUUUUGCUCUAUUUUUAAUGUCAUAUUUAAUUUAUAGCAGGCAGUGAUUUAUAUGUAUACUUAUACUUAUACAUACUUAUAAUCACAACUACAUGUUGUUAUUAUAAUUUCAUAAUUUGUUUCUAAAUCAAAAGAUAUUGUACGCUAUCUCCAAGUACACUCGUUUCAAAAGCGGUAUCUGAAAGAGACUCAUUUUGUGAUAUAAAAAUGUUAAUACUUGAUUUAUUACUGUAGUAUAUUUGAAGCACUAUUUCAUAUCCUACAGACUGAUGCUUGGACCACAUUACAGACUAACAUCUAGUCUCUGAAAUGAACAUAUUUUACAGAUCAAGACAGUUGUGAAAUUAUCUUAAUAAAAUAUAAGAAAAGGGAGCCCAGAUACUUCAUAUUGCAGUAAUCUAAACUUUCCCGCUAAUGUAAACUUGCAUGUCUGUAUUGCAUAUGUUUCUUUCAGGGUCCGCGAGACACUCUGACCAAAUUACACAGCCCAUAGCUGAAUCAAGUUAAACCCAGUCAAACCAAAUAGUAAUAUUAUUCAAAAUCUUCUUCAACCACACGACGAUAACACGACGGAAUAAGGUUGUGCUCAGUUCUAUUAAAGUUCAAAAUACACCCAUUCGAAUAAGGGUAAGUUGCCCAUACAAUAUAUACAACAACUCUGUACAUAGGGCAAGCUAACAUUAAGUUGUAAUCCGUAUAUUCCAUACGCUAUAUUCCAAAGUCUGUGCCGGUCUUCGUUCAGUGUUCACUUUGAACACAUAUUUUACAUUUCAACACAUUCACAUUAAAUUAGAUCGUAUUUUCAUGCGUUGUAUUUCAAAGUCUCUGCUGUUCUUCUUUUAGAAUAACCUUUAACAUGUUUUUACAUGUUUUACGUUACAAUUGUGCCCAAGUCAAAAUGUUACUAUUAUUUGGUCAUUUUGUUAUGAUUUGUUAACGGAUAUACCAUUCGUGAUGCGGAUAUGCAUACAAAGGUUAACGCGUGUUACCAUGUACGCAUAUAAACGCUCACAUAGCAUAAUGAUUCUGCACAAUGCUUCCUUAGUAUAACAUCUUUGGCUAUUACAGAAAUGUUUGUAUUCAAGCAAUAUUAUUCAAAUAUAUUCGUAAGCAUUUGUCAAUGAACACAUCUGGGGUAGUAGAUUCACACCUCGAUGUACUGGUGUUUGUAUGUACAUAGAUGUAUAGAAACGGCUUAAUGAUACAGUCAGUUUGUGAGGUAACACUAUGGGAGAGAGAAGACAAAUUUGUUCAUGUCAUAAAGCUCUUAGUGUGGGGGGGGGGGGUUACUGCUGAAAGGGGAAAGGUGGAAUAUCGGGAUAUACCAGUACCCGUAACUGAAAAACUGUUCAAAGAGGCUAGGGAUCACUAGCGGAUCCAGGUGGGUGGGGUGUCUAGGGUUUCCUGUAUAUAUAUACAUGCUCAUUCAUUAGUCUGGCAAGUGAAACUAUGAAUUGGUUAUGUCACACGCGAAUUAUAGUCUACCAUUACAAAUAAAUACAAUAGGCUUCGCAGAGAACUCUGUCUGCUUGAGGACAUCUUCGAAGGAGUACAGACUUUAAAACUAUUAUAAAUACUCAGCCUGAAAACCAAUGUCCACGUGAAAGCUGUUGCUGUGAACGUUCAUCUCGGUUGUUUAGCGUUAAACAUAUUUGCAAUCUUUGAAACAUCAAUCGAUGUUCCAUGAUGAUUGUGCAUGGCAGCUAAAUCUGUUGGGUGGUACUCUCCCACUGGACUCGUGUAAGACUCGUGUAAGCCUUGGUGUAAGUUCAUCUGAAACUUUGCAAAAGCUACCAAAUUAUUCAGUAAGGUCAAAUCACAUAUUCGGAGAUCACGCACUUAUCAGUGUUACUGUGGUUCUGCUUCAGCCGCGUAUAUGCAUAUACAGUUCAAAUGAAAUUAUUUCUGAUCUGACCGUGUACAAGAGGUCAAAGUGUGUGUGACACGGCCAAUCCUUCUUCAAUAAUCACCAUACCCGUUCCUGGUUUCCAGACAGCGUGGAAGGACGUAUUCGUCUGGUGUCAGAUUGUUUCAGAGAAAUACUUAUCAUAUUUCUAAAAUGUUUAAAAUGUGUUAAAUCAAAGUACGUUCUUGUCACGGCUUGCAGGAAACAACAUCCAAUGAAGAUCAGCUGAAUCGUGUAUGAACUAGGUCUGUUUCGAGAAUAUAGUCAUAGUAUCAUAGGUUAUAUAUAUACCCCCUCCCCACAUUGUGACAAUGUGUUAUUUGUCUGGGUUGUUUGUAUAUAGAGGUUCCUUAGUGCACUGAAUAUAAAUAAUUCACAGGUCGGCAUUUCGCAAUGGAACUCAAUUUUUAACUUAUGCUAGUGUUUUGGACACUUUGUUUAGCAGUUGAACCCACGGUAGUUGUAAUGUUUUGAAACAUGGAUGUGUUCUAUCGUAGAAUAUCCCUUCAUAUCUGUGCUGUGUCAUGAGUCUAAACAUUAUGUGAUGUAUGUUUUGGAUAUUUACAAAUAAAUCACAAAUAGGUGGAACAAACCAAGGAAGAAAACAUACACUUUGCCAUGAAGCCCCGAAGAGUUUUGAAUGUCAUUCUAACACAUCUGGACAUCAAACCUUCUUUGUAAAACUGUGUACCAACAGCUAAAUUUCGCGACACAAUCAAACAAUAUAUAAUAUUCUGUUGUUAAGUUGUAUAUGUCAUCGAAAUCAUUCAUUAUAUUAUAUAUUAUGCACCGGUAAUUGAGUGGAGCUAACGAUGGAAACGUCCCACUCUUGUUAUAAUAGAAUCGUGGUCAGAGUCCACAAUGAAAAGAUCUUGUUUAAUGACACCACCCUUGCGAUCCGUGGCCAAGUCAUCUGAGGCUACAAUUCGCUAUGCAGAGUUGCGUCCUUGGACACCCUAGAAACCUGUGAUCAUGGGUUCGAAUCCCGAUUCGCCCCGAUUUUGUUUCUAGUUUGUCAGCACCAGACCCGUGCUCGUGGUUUUCACCAAAGUGGUAAACGUAUGAGACCUGCAUCAAUUUGGGCUUUCCUCCCACAUUACACUGCUGACACGCCGUGAUAUAACUGGAAUACUGUUCAAGGCGGCGUUACACCCAACUCACUCACUCCUUUUGAUUCACGUUCUUUUGGAGAAGACCCAGAUAAAAUAACUUGAAAUAGAUGUUUACCUUUUGGCACAAGAAUUGCGGGUAGGUUGACAGGAGUCAUUUGUAUAUCCAAACAGUGCAUUGUCGAUAGAAUGACAAACAUAAUUGAAAUAAUGUACAGAGUUUGAAUGUAUGACCUCCAGUCAACAUAAAGCGCUGAUUUUAUACUUUGGGAAAAAUACAUUAAACAUGUAUACAGUAGGUGCAUGCUGCUCCUAUUUAACGCCAUGAACUAGUUUUGUAUUUUACAUUUGGAGAGAAUUCAUAUUGUACUUUAUAUUAAUUUACAACAAUAUAACUAAAAUUCAAAACAGUACGAUUUCUAUAUAUUUAUCAAAGUGAACUGUGAUAUGACUUCAAAGUGCUGGAACUGUCUCUUGUUAAUAAAGCAAGCUUCAUCUAUUUA